AAGAGCGAAGGCUGGGGGUGAGCUGGGUUGUUUGGGAGCACUUAUUCUAAGCUGCCGUUUUCCUCUUUUCUAGGUUGACUCUUUCAGGGAGCGGAUCACAAGUGAGGCUGAAGAUUUGGUGGCAAACUUUUUCCCAAAGAAGUUGUUAGAACUUGAUGGGUUCCUUAAGGAGCCCAUCCUGAACAUUCAUGAUCUCACCCAGAUCCACUCAGACAUGAACCUCCCUGUCCCUGACCCGAUCCUUCUGACUAACAGCCAUGAUGGACUGGACGGGCCCAAUAUGAAAAAGAGGAAGCUGGAAGACUGCGAAGAGGCCUUGCAGGGUACCAAAGUGUUUGUGAUGCCCAACGGGAUGCUGAAGAGUAACCAGCAGCUGGUGGACAUCAUUGAGAAAGUGAAGCCGGAGAUCAGGCUGCUGAUUGAGAAGUGCAACACGGUCAAAAUGUGGGUGCAGCUUCUCAUCCCCAGGAUAGAAGAUGGAAACAACUUUGGUGUUUCUAUUCAGGAGGAGACGGUGGCUGAGCUGCGGACUGUGGAGAGUGAGGCAGCUUCCUAUCUGGACCAGAUUUCUAGAUAUUAUAUCACAAGGGCAAAGCUGGUUUCCAAAAUAGCAAAAUAUCCUCAUGUGGAGGAUUACCGCCGCACAGUGACAGAAAUUGACGAGAAGGAAUACAUUAGUCUGCGCUUAAUCAUCUCCGAGCUGAGGAAUCAAUAUGUCACUUUGCAUGACAUGAUCCUUAAAAACAUCGAGAAGAUUAAGAGGCCUCGGAGCAGCAACGCCGAGACCCUCUACUAAGUGUCAACGUUGGAACUUGAGAACUGUUCAGUCCACUAAAGACCGUCAUUGCCUUGGUUUGUUACGUGACUAUCGAGAUGGGAAACUGGCUGGAAAUAGUAUUGCACUCUUAGUUAAACCCUAAAGAAACCCUCCCCCCGUUCCGUGAUUAGCUUUGUUCAGGUUUCAAAGGAACUCUUCCCUAGCAUAGUAAUUAGCACCAAGCAGGCCGCUGCCUGGGGUGUGCAGAUUACUCAGAGUGAGUGGUCGCCAGGCGGGAACACUCCUUCAAGCCUUUCUUCCUAUCUAGCUAGGAGUUGGAUGAGAGACCAAGCCCCGGGGUGCCCCCCAUCUGUCAGCUGCAGGGUUUCCUUGGGGUCCGUGGGAAUGGAGGAGAUGCAGCAUCUUCAGCGCUAGACCGAGCCCACAGAGUGGUGCUGGCUGCUUUUCAGCACCAUCUCUGAGCGAGCCCUCCUCUUCCAGUCCUGUUAUGCCGAUUUCUGGUGAGGGUGGGAGGAAGGGCAGGCUCCCCCGGCCCAGGCUGUAGCCACGCUCGGCAAAGUGCCACUGGUGAUGUUUAGGUUAGAGCAAGCCAGGAAAGAGCUGUCUUAAGUUAGACAUCCCCCUACCCCCAUUUCCCCUCUCCCUUGAGAGGGCCUAGAUCAGUGCAAGGGCUCUAGGAACACCAGCUACAGCCCACUGGGGUGGCAGGUUCAGCGCCUGGGCAGCUUUUGCUCCCAUUUGUUGCUUUCCUCUUGGCUCUGCUCACCCAGUUUUCUUGGCUCGAAUCAAUGUGGAUCUCCCAUCGCCCUCAGCGUGAGGCGCUUCUGUCCAGAGUGAGGUCAGGGAGCGGCCCAAGCCCAGAUUUUGAAGUCCUCCCAGUCUCCACUACUGCUAAGGAGUGAGCGGGUGCCCUGCGGAGCGUCUUGGCGGGGCAGGGUGCGGCCGGCUGGCUGCGAUGGCUGAUCUGUUGGGAUGAGGACGGCCACCAGCAGGUCAGCAUCAAAACCCCCCUGUCCCACGAAAGGUACCUCGCGUCCUUCUCCUGGGCCCAGGAACCCCUCCAAAGCCGCUGGAACGUUUCAUGGUCCAUUGCAAACCCCAUGGGAAUGAUCGGUUACGGUGUCAGUUGUUGUACGUGUGAGAAACGGGCUCCCAACACUGCAGGCUCCUUCUGCGUUUUCUUAUUUAUGGUAUUUUUACUUCCCACCCUCCUUCAGGGGAAUGCUGGGUCCGCUGGGCCUGGGGUCUCACUGUCACACCUGUAACUUCUUGUGCAGUAGCCUCAUAGUCGUUAGUUGUGCGCCAUGGAAUGAACGUCUUCCCCCCCCCCCCACCCCCCGCUGACGAAGCCACCUUGUUUCUUGCUGGUUUCCUGGGGGUGGCUCUGAGUGUGGAGGCCCCCCGGCCCUUUCGAUAAGACUCCUGUGUCGUUGUUUGUAGUAAGUCCAAUCUUCGUCUUCCCGUUAAUAAAUAUUCAGUAACAAACCAACCGCGUCUUCGCUGCUACCUAGGAGCAGCGCCUUCCCUGUGUGGUUCUUUGUACGGAUUCCUUUCCGCGGGCCGGACUGUCCGCCUCGCCUCUCCCGCUGAACGUCUGUAAAACUUUUACCAUGUUAAGACAUUAAAAUACAGGAACUUUGAAUUCGUAA